GUUGUCAAUUAUUAAUUAUUAAUGAAUCCCCGCAGGAUUUCCCGGCCUCUCCAUGGGAAUUUUCUCCCUCUGGGUUUUGCUCCUGAUGCUGCAGCCGGGGCGGUGCCAGCGGCGCAGCCACGCCGAGGACCGGCUCUUCAAGCGCCUCUUCUCGGGCUACAACCGCUGGUCCCGGCCCGUCCCCAACACCUCCGACGUCGUCAUCGUGCGCUUCGGCCUCUCCAUCGCCCAGCUCAUCGACGUGGAUGAGAAGAACCAGAUGAUGACCACCAACGUGUGGCUGAAACAGGAGUGGAGCGAUUACAAGCUGCGCUGGGACCCGGCCGAGUACGACAACGUCACCUCCAUCCGCGUGCCCUCCGAGAUGAUCUGGAUCCCCGACCUCGUCCUCUACAACAACGCCGACGGCGAGUUCGCGGUGACGCACAUGACCAAGGCCCACCUGUCGUGGGACGGCACGGUGACCUGGGUGCCGCCGGCCAUCUACAAGAGCUCCUGCAGCAUCGACGUCACCUUCUUCCCCUUCGACCAGCAGAGCUGCAAGAUGAAGUUCGGCUCGUGGACCUACGACAAGGCCAAGAUCGACCUGGAGAACAUGGACCACCAGGUGGACCUCAAGGACUACUGGGAGAGCGGCGAGUGGGCCAUCAUCAACGCCGUGGGCACCUACAACUCCAAGAAGUACGACUGCUGCACGGAGAUCUACCCCGACAUCACCUUCUACUUCGUCAUCCGCCGCCUGCCGCUCUUCUACACCAUCAACCUCAUCAUCCCGUGCCUGCUCAUCUCCUGCCUCACCGUGCUGGUCUUCUACCUGCCCUCGGACUGCGGCGAGAAGAUCACGCUGUGCAUCUCCGUGCUGCUGUCCCUCACCGUCUUCCUGCUGCUCAUCACCGAGAUCAUCCCGUCCACCUCGCUGGUCAUCCCGCUCAUCGGCGAGUACCUGCUCUUCACCAUGAUCUUCGUCACGCUCUCCAUCAUCAUCACCGUCUUCGUGCUCAACGUGCACCACCGCUCGCCCGGCACGCACGCCAUGCCCGCCUGGGUGCGCAGCUUCUUCCUGGGCGCCGUGCCCCGCUGGCUCUCCAUGAAGAGGCCGCCGCAGGACGGCGCGCGCGGGCGGCGGCAGCAACAACAUGGCCGCCCCGGCGGGGCGCGGCUGAGCACGUCGCGCUGCUGGCUGGAGACCGACGUCGACGACAAGUGGGAGGAGGAAGAGGAGGAAGAGGAAGAAGAAGAAGAAGAAGAGGAGAAGACCUACCCAAGCCACCCCAGGGCAGAGCCCAAGGAAACCAAAUUCUGCUGCGGGAAGAAAGCGGCGGCGCCGGGCUCCGAGGGGAAGGACCACGAGGAGGACCACGAGGAGGAGGAGGAGGAGGGGAAGGAGGAAGGCUCGGGGCGGGCGCCGGCGCUGUCGCCCGGGAUGGUGAAGGCCCUGGAGGGGGUGCAGUACAUCGCCGACCACCUGCGGGCCGAGGACGCCGACUCCUCCGUGAAGGAGGACUGGAAGUACGUGGCCAUGGUGAUCGACCGCAUCUUCCUGUGGAUGUUCAUCAUGGUCUGCCUGCUGGGCACCGCGGGGCUCUUCCUGCCGCCCUACCUGGCCGGCAUGAUCUAG